AUGGAACUUCAAAAUAAAAGACGCAGAGUCACUAGAGCAUGCGACGAAUGUCGUAAAAAGAAGGUCAAAUGCGAUGGGAAACAGCCUUGUAUUCACUGUACCGUUUACAACUACGAGUGUACUUACAAUCAGCCGACCAGAAGAACGGUUACUGGGUCUAAUUCAUCGAAUUCAGUUGGUUCUUCUAUCGCUGGGACUGUUACUGUAUCUGGUAAGAAAUCAGGUGUCAUCGGACAGUCAUCAGAUGGGUUUACUGGUGGAAACAGAUCGGAUUCUGGCACUCUGUCACAUUCAAAACGGCUAGGUUCUGGUUUCAGUAACCACGGUGGUGUGUCUAAUAGUAGUGCUGCUUCAACACAGGGACAUCACAAGAAAUAUUCGGCCAGCAAGAAUAAACAGCUCCAGAUCAGGGUUUCAAAAUAUGAGGAACUUCUUCGAGAGUUGAUCCCGGAUAUACCAGAUAUCGAUUCAAUUGAUAUCCCGACUUUCGCACAGCUGUUCCAUAAUACCACGAAGGAUAUCAACCUCAAUGAAAUGGUUCAAGAAUACAAUUUGAUUGCACCUACUGAGGUUGCACCUAUUGUAACGAGAGAUAGAGACAUGUCAGAUUCAUUUUCAGGUACGGGAUCUAUUUCCAUUGGUUCACAUCUACAGCAAAAUUUACAACCGAUAGAAAACGUGGAUGGGUCGAUAGAAUCCCAUGAGGGUAAAGAAAUUAAGAUUAUUUUACCACCGAAACCCAUUGCCAUUCAAUUUAUAAAAUCUACUUGGGAAAACUGCUGUGUUUUGUUCAGAUUUUACCAUAGACCAUCAUUUAUCAAACAGUUAGAUUUACUCUAUGAAACGGAUCCUCAGAAUUACACCCAUGAGCAAAUGCAGUUUUUGCCCUUGUGCUAUGCAGUAAUGGCAGUUGGUACCCUCUUUACCAAAACUGUAAACAGAUUGAAUGUCAAUCAACAAUCCCCUAAUAACAUUAAUGAUGAUGAUGAUAGUAAUACUAAUAAUAAUACUAAUGCUGAUAUUAACACUGAUACUAAUACUCCUGAUUCCAAUACUAAUAAUAAUACCAAUAAUAAUACCAAUAAUAACACCAAUAAUAAUAAUAAUAAUAGUAGUGAUGCUUCUACAAAGUUCUUGCAAGAUGAAGGGUACAAAUAUUUUAUUGCAGCAAGAAAGUUGAUUGACAUCACAAAUGCCAGAGACUUGAAUUCAAUUCAAACCAUUGUUCUUUUAUUCCUUUUCUUGCAAUGCUCUGCCAGACUAUCCACGAGCUACUCUUAUAUUGGUGUUGCCAUGAGAAGUGCUUUAAGAGAAGGUCUUCAUAGAAAAAUAAAACCGGAUCCGUCAAAAACAAAAACGAAUUUCAUUGAGAUUGAAAUGAGGAAGAGAUUGUUCUACACCAUUUACAAAAUGGAUAUUUACAUUAACACAAUGUUAGGUCUACCUAGGACUAUAUCCCCAAGAGACUUCGAUCAAGAGUUACCACUGGAAUUGAACGACGAUUAUAUCACUGAGGACGCUAUCUACCCUGAAGAACAAGGCGAUGUUUUGUCUUCAGCAGGAAUAGCAAACCAACAUACCAAAAUUUUAAUGAUUCUUGACCAAAUCAUGGCUGAUUUAUAUCCCAUUAAGAAGACCAACAACCUCAUAUCUCAUCAAAUGGUGACAAAUUUGGAAUUGAAGCUAAGGCAAUGGCUCGAUCAACUUCCUCCAGAACUAAUUCCAGGUUUGAAGGAUGUCCCAGAAAGGUAUUUGAGAGCUAACUGUCUUUUACAUCUAUCAUUUUUGCAAGUCCAAAUUAUUCUAUACCGUCCCUUUAUCCAUUACCUUUCACCAUCGGCUCCUCAGACUGAUACUUUGUCCAUACAAAGAGCAAAAAAUUGCAUCUCAGUGGCCAGAACGGUCGUUAAAUUGGCCAAAGAAAUGAUGGAUGCGAAAAUCUUGCCUGGAUCUUAUUGGUUCAGUAUUUAUACGAUCUUCUUCUCUGUCGCUGCUUUGAUUUAUUACGUAAGAGAAUUAACUCCUACUAAUUCGCAAGAUAUUGCCACGUAUGAUGAAAUUAUGAAUGAUGUAAGAAAUGGAAAACAGGUUCUUCUUCAGCUUAAAGAGACUAGUAUGGCAGCUAGUCGUACUUAUAAUCUCUUGACUGCAUUAUUUAACUCUUUCAAUGCUAAAACCAAACAAUCCGUUGAAAUGCAAAAGAAAGUCCAACAGGAACAACAAGCGGCUACCACGAAAUUCGAAGACUCUUCAGAUUUCGGCGGUACAUUCUUUGAUCUUCCCAUUGAUGACUCCAACGAAAAUGCAGUUAUAUCUCCAGAUAGAUCAGUAGAUACUCUUGAAAGACAAAUUCCAACACCAAAUUUCCUUACGAACACGUUCCCAGUUGAACCAAAUACUAGUAUUUCAGGAGUGAAUACCUUGAAUACUUCUCAAACAGCAAAUUUGUUCUCAAGCACAAACUUUGGUGCAUCAUUGGACCCCGUUGAAAACAAUAUGGAUAGGUAUCUGCCCGUUGAUUCAAAUCAAAACAAACAGUCUCUUCAACAGACACCCCAAUACAUAUCGACAACUACUCCUAAUCAGAUUCCUGACUCCGCAGUCGACGGUACGUAUGUUCCAGGUAUGUUUGACCAAUUGGACGUGCAAUUAUUCGGAAGAUACUUACCACCGUAUAUGUCUGGUGUAACUGCCAAUGAUUCAAAGACAAAGGAGGAACCAUUAGAUGAUACCAAAACAGACACUAUAUAG